UGCCCAACCAGCCACAUCCUCAUCGGGAUCCCUCCCGAUCCGCCCAACCAGAUCAGCCGCCUUGCGGCGCCCUCGCCCUCGAGCUCCAACGGGAUCCGUGCACCCUGAAUCCCCUGCUUCGAGCACCUCCUGGAGCCCGACCAUGCGCGCCCUCAAGCCCCUGCCCCGACCACGAGAUAAGCCCCGCUGCCCUUCUCCUCCUCCUGUGGUUUCUCUGCCUUCCUCGUCCUCCUCCCUCUGCUGUCUCUCCUAGCCACUCACCCUCUCAUGUUCCUCUCUGGAGACGCCAUGGCCGCCCCUUGGUGCUUCGCGUCGCGCCCGGCCAUCAUCCUCAACGUCGGCGAGUUCCUGUUGCAUCACUGUCGCCCGUACGGGACCUCGUCUGCCUCCCCUGCAUCACGCCUCGUCGCCGGGAGCUCUCGCCAAGUCCGCCUUCCGCCGACCACAGCCCAGCCACUCCCAGUCCACAUGGCCUCCCGUCCGCACUGUCCCACGCCGGACCUUGCCGAAAACUCGUCGCCGGCCUUCCCUGCCUCGGACAAGUGGGGAUUCGGCACCUCGCCGCCCGGAUCCAGCCGUCUCCGCGUCGUCCGUGCUACCAACCCUGCCUCGCUCACGCCCAGGUCCAGCCGCUGCUGCCCUCCCGACCUCCGCCUGUCCCGCGAUCCUGCUAAAGCCGCGCCAAGUUCGGUCACUGCUCUGCAUCGCUGCGUGCAGCUGAUCCAGUGGCGCCCCAGCGCCUCGUUCGCCCCUGUCAGCGCCCGCGUGUGCGCAAGGCUAGGGGCGCCUAGCUCCUUCCGCUUACCCAGCCAGCCAAAGGCCAGCAUCGCCAUUGUCGCCGGCCUCUGUUUUUCCCGCUAUCAGCUAGCCUACUGGUUGUUCCCUCGAAGACACAUCAGGAGGUCCUAGGUUCGAGUCCUGGGCGGCCCUGUUUGUUUUAUUUUGCCAAACAGUCACUCAA